CCACACAAUUUGGAGGUUUCAGCCUUCACAUGCACACAAUCUCCUCAAUUCCCUCCACUUGAAAAAUACCAUCGCUCUCCUGUAUAUUUUUCGCUUGAAAAACACGGCAUUCAACAGGUGGUGGUCAGGCGACCUCGAGGGAUCGACUGUCGCGCCUUUAUGACUGUGAGUUUGACAAGGCAAAUAAUUUAUAUCAAUCAAAAAAUACCUGAUUUAUCAAUUGCAAAUUAAUCCACUCAUUAUCAUUUCACACUGGCCAUUUAACCGUAUACGGAAUGAAUAGAGUUGAUGCUAGAUGUAUCGCAAUAUCUCAUCGUUGUGGGCGCUGUUCAGAAUUUAUAAUGCAUUCUUAAUGGCUUGAUCAUAGACUCCAUUAAUAUUUCUUAAUCAAACAUCAAUGACUUUUGAAAAAAAUUCAUCAUUCGCGUAUCAAUUCCCCAAUAACCACUGCGUCUUAUUUUUCACUGGCUUUGUUGUGUUUGUGUUUCACCUGUAAUAAAAAACGAUUUAAUUUCGAUUGGUGUACACGUCAUUCAGUUGCUUAGCAGCGGUGUAUACCGAUCCCCCUCAUAAACAUUUGGCCUUCAUUCAUGAUGGGGCGUCCGAAGAGGUGUUGAGAGGCUCCUCAGUUUGUUGUAUAUCUGUCAAACAGCGAGGUUAGGUUUCGCAACAAUUUACGUGACGGUUAACGGUUUAACGAGCGUCCAACCUCGAAAUGUGAUUUCAUACGAAUGAAUCAUAGUUGAACUGAAUUUUACACUGUUAAACAGUCACAAAUAUAGUUUAUAUCACACAAGUGUACGAUGGAUCGUGCACACGGAAUGACGUACAGUGGUGGUGAUGCACAUCUCCACGAGUACUGGGAGGCCUACCAGAAGAUGAUGGAGGAAACUAAAAUGCUGGACGAUUAUCUAGACGAGGAGUGCAGUCCACGCAGUUACGACGAGGGGGAAGAGGAAGCAGAGUGGUUGAGAGCCGCUGGUCUAGGUGAGUUGACAGAGCCCUGGAAAGCAGGUAGAGAAGUUCAACCCGAUGAACUUGGUGCAGCACUCCGUCCGCUGUCACGUGCACAAGCUGAAGCGGUUAAACGUAGAGUAAGAUCCCUCAAUCAUACGGUUAAACAGCGCUUCAAUCAACGCACAAGAGCGCGAAAACCCGACAUCAGAGAUGUCUUCAAAGAUGUUGAAGUGUCGAGCACUGGGACAAGAUCACGCAGUGCUACACCGGACUCGUUAGACUCUGUGUCAGGUGAAACAGGGGACAGUGCAUUACCACCAUCACCACCUAGUGUCAGUGUGACGGAGAGGCAUCAUCCUCACGUCACUGUUCCAAGUUUUGUUUCCAUCUUUCACUCUCACACAAAGAAUACGAAUGAGAAGGAAACGGUUAGGAGGCUACCUAGUGCUCCCACUACGGUCCAAAAUCCAGUUGUUGCACCAACACCACUUCCAAUGCAAGAGAUAUUCCGAAGGGCUGGGCAUCACUGGUCUCACAGAGGAGAUAUUGCCUGCGAUUCUGAGGGUAUUCAGCUCACUGGAUUCCACAGACUUGGGACUAUUCACGUUGCAAGACCUCAGAGGAGUGGCAGUGAUCCCAGUGAGGUUGCCAGCACUGCGGAUCUGGAUGUCAAACCUGGAAAAGUACCUGGCAGCAAAGAGUCCACCCUCAGACGAAACCCCGGCAGUCAUGCCACCGUGACAAGGAGUCACAGCAGUUUGUAUGGAUUGACGAGACCUUGCGACACUUUGAUAACGAGACCAUUGAGUCGUACGUCGUCGCAUGGUCACUUGAGUUUUGAACAAAUGUGCAGGGCCAAUGAAACUGCCAGUGGGGACUGGGAUGUCGAGGAUGAUAAGGACGAUGAUAAUCGACAGAGAGUGGAGAUGAUGUCUCAGAGGGAUAUCAUGAGGCUUCAACCACUCCUGUGGCUUGAGUUAACCUCUGUAUUCGAUAAAUACAAUGUUCCACUCACUAAACGCAAGCCAAAUAAACGCAGACGGAAAGCUGGAAAUUUAUUCGGUGUUUCGUUGUCCACGUUGCUACUUCGUGAUAGUCAGUUGACGAUUGAGGAGAGCAAUAUUCCUCUUGUUUUUCAAAAAUUAUUGAGUGAAUUGACCAGGCGUGGGGUUAAGGAGGAGGGUAUCCUCAGAGUGGGUGGACAUAAGCAAAAGGUGGAGGCACUGUGCAGUGAGUUGGAGAUGGACUUUUAUAGUAAACCUAAGGAGACUGAUAGAUUGUUUCAACGGAGUCCCUGUCAUGAUUUGUCAGCUGUGCUGAAAAAAUUGUUGAGGGAUUUGCCGCAGCCGUUGCUGACGAUUGAACUUAUUGAUGCUUUUUAUCAAAGUCAUGGUGUCAAGAAUCCGAAUGAAUUGUCUUACGCUUUGAAUCUUCUGGUGCUACUGCUACCAGUGGAACACCGCUGUACUCUCAAAGAAUUAUUAACCUUCUUCAAAUUAGUCGUGGAGAAUCAGAGCUCAAACAAAAUGUCAAUUCACAAUGUUGCUAUGAUUGUUGCACCCUCGUUAUUUCCCCCGAGAUACAUUUAUCCACGUGAUCGUACUGAUCUAAGUGCUCAGGUAAAUAUGGCCGCUGUUUGUUGUCAAGUGACAGAGGCAUUGCUCAUUAAUAUGGAUAAACUGUGGGAUGUGCCUAGUAAUUUAAUCGGCCAGUUACGCAGACAAUACGAGGAGGAGCGCUAUCGCAAGUACAGGAAGAAAUAAUACAACGAACUUUUUUUGUUUUGUUGUUUACAAAUUUUUGGUGCCUUUCUGCCAGUCUUAAGAUAUAACGGAGUUUGUAAGAUUUCAUCAUCGUCAGUAUGUAAUUUUCUAUCUAGAACAGGUUGUUAAUUUUUUUUUAUAAAUUCUUCUUUACCAGAAACACGGGGAAUUUCCACUCUUUCGUGUUUAUUUUAUGAUGAAAAACAUUCAUUUUUUUUUGUAAUAUGUGGUGCAAUAAUGUUGUAAAUGGGUGCUGUGUAUCCAUAUGUAAAAAGUUUGAAGCACCAAUUAAUCAUUUUUUUAUGUGAAAAUCCACAGGCCUUCCAGUGUUGAGAGUAACUAUCAAAGAUUUGACUCAAAAUAACGUAAGUGGCAUUGAUUUGGAGUACGUUAUCUCCAAAUAUUGAGGUACUUUUAUAAUCUAGAAUUAAUUAUCAGUACAACGUACUUCUAACUGUUUAUUAACUUUUACAUCUCACCAUACAAACCUCGACGUGUCAUUUUCUUCAAGGCAUUUUUUUUAAUUGUUUAAGAUUUGCAAUUUGACACGCCAUACUACUCUAAGAUAAUUGUACAUAGCCUUCGUACUUUGUUACGUUAAUAAAGUGCCAAAGAAAAUAA